AUGAAUUUUACCAAAUCUAAAACGAGAGCUAAUGUAAAUCAGACUGGAUUAGCAAAACGGACAGGGUUUACGUCUAUAAACCGGCCACACUCUGUAGUACCUGUGGUACAACAACAGGAACAAAAACAACAUUCUCAAGUUGAAACACUCGUAGAUGAGAAUGUCUUUUUGGCAGCAUUAGACAUUAAAAGAGCAAAAGAGCUUCAAUAUGAGGAAGGAAAGGAAAAAGAAGAAGAAGAAGAUAACAAAUCGUAUGGAAAACUUAAAGGUGAUAAUAAUGAAAAUCAUUUGAGUAAUCAAACUGGUAAUGCUACUGAUACCAGUAGUACGCAUAUGACAAAAAACUUAGCCUCGAGGAAUGAGUUUGAGAAAAGCCGUCGGUAUGCUUUGGAGAAUACAGAUUGGGGAAUGUUUGAGAGACAAGUUUAUCUAGGAUCUGAUAAAGAGGUUAGUGAUGAUACAUGUAAUUUUAUGGGAAAGUACAAAGAGGGAUUUGAAGGCACAGAGGCUGAGGGGAGGAUAGUACAAGCUGAACGAGAUGGUUCCCAGGAGAGUUCUUUGAAAAGAAUGAAGAAUGGUAAAAAGAAGCAUUGCAAUGACGUUGAGACAGAUGAAAAAAUAAUCUCUUCCGAAACUUUCAAUUUUGAUGCCAUGCCAUAUUAUGCUGGAAGGAAGAGAAAGGAAUCUUCGACAAUUAGCACCAAAGAGUGCGGUGAUGUCAGAAAAAAAAUCAAAAACAAUAUUGAAAAGAAUAAGAAAAAUUUGAGUGAGAAGCGUGUUAGUAUAGAGGAAUAUCACCUGUCGGAGACCCAAGAGCGAAAUAAUGGCGAAAAACUUUUUGAACAGGCGCAUGGUAGUGGUUUUGAUGGAGGAGAACUGUCUGAGGAAAAAACGAGGCGAAGGAAGCAAUUGAUUAAUUCUGAUGAGGAAACCAAAGAUGAGAAGAAUGAUUCAGCCACGGGGUUAGAAUACCAAACAAGGUUUGAAGGUUCGCCAACCCCAAAAGGAAGAGGAAGAGAAAGAGGAAGAACAAAAAAAAGCUCAAGAGGAGGAAUCGAACAGAAUAGAAGCAUAAGCAUAAGCAUAGACAGAGCUAAGCAGCGGGGCUGCGGUAGAUGGUUAAGGAUGAGGGACGAAAUUGAAGAAGAAGAAGAAGAAGGUCAAGGGUUGGGGGGAAGGGGAGCACUGCUGCAUGAUGAGGGAGUAAUUUCUGAAAGAGUGGCCGCUCAAACGGCUAUUUUUCAUGCGGAGAGGCUCCCACAUUAUGCAGACAGUUGUGAAAUUACCGGCAAUAAUAAUGCGGGUGAGUCUAAUUAUACUUUAGAGGAAGAAGAGGAAGAGGAGGAAGAAAAAGAAGAAGAAGAAGAAGAAGAAGAAGAAGAAGAAGAAGAAGAAGAAGAGGUCUAUGGAGACAAGGAAUUUGGAGAUGAAAGUUCACCUUCGGCAUUGAUUUUGCGGCAACUUGGAAAAAGAGGUGGGGCUUUGCGGGGCAAAAACGAAGAAGAGAAGGAAGAAGAAGAAGUAGAAGUAGAAGUAGAAGAAGAAGAAAAAAAAAGAAAGACAAAGCGUGGAGGACAAGUUGGGAUUAUGAAAGGUGGGGAUGUUUUAAUGGGAUUUUUUGGAGGAGGUAGUAGAAGAGGGGCUAAUAGACUACAACAACAACAAAAACCGUCAAAAAAUAAGAAAAAACAGUUAUUGGUUGAAGAUGAACUAAAUGACUACAGUGAUGAUAAUGAUGAUGAUGAUGAGAAUUCCAAAUGGCAGGAGUUUUUAGGAUUACUUUAA